CCUCUCCUGUCCUCCCAUUCCUUCCUUAACCCCUUCCUCAUUCACCAUCAUGCUCAGGGCAGGACUCUCAACCGUCUCGAAGCGGAGCUAUGCUACCUUCAAGCCCGUUAUCUCGGCUGCAAAGCCCGUCAACGGAUUCGUCGGUGCCCUUGGAAAUACACCUCUCAUUCGUCUUAACAAACUGAGCGAGGAGACCGGAAGUAACAUCUACGCUAAGGCUGAGUUCAUGAACCCUGGUGGGUCUGUCAAGGAUCGUGCUGCUCUCUACGUUGUCAAGGAUGCAGAGGAGAGGGGUCUUAUCAAGCCCGGUGGCACCAUUGUUGAAGGAACAGCCGGUAACACCGGUAUUGGACUUGCUCAUGUCUGCAGAGCUAAGGGAUACAAGUGUGUGAUCUACAUGCCUAACACGCAGAGUCAGGAAAAGAUCGAUCUCUUGCGCAUGCUCGGUGCCGAGGUCUACCCUGUCCCUGCCGUUGCAUUCGACAACCCACAGAAUUACAAUCACCAGGCUGCUCGUCACGCCGAGUCGAUUGAGAACGCCGUGUGGACCAACCAGUUCGACAACACUGCCAACCGUCAAGCCCAUAUUGAGACCACUGGUCCUGAAAUUUGGAAACAAUUGGACGGUCAGGUUGAUGGAUUCACCUGUUCCACCGGUACCGGCGGUACGCUCGCUGGUAUUGCCAGAUUCCUGAAGGAGAAGUCCCAGGGUAAGACAAAGAUCUUUUUGGCGGACCCUCCAGGCAGUGUCCUGUAUAGCUAUAUCAAGAGCGGUGGCAAACUGAACGAGCGUAGUGGCAGCUCCAUCACUGAGGGUAUCGGUCAGGGCCGUGUUACCGACAACUUGAAGCCCGACAUUGAGUUGAUCGACGACGCGCUUCAUAUUGCCGACGAGAAAUCGAUCCAUAUGAUUUAUCGCCUUCUGGAUGAGGAAGGUAUCUAUGUCGGCGCCUCGUCCGCAUUGAACGUCGUUGCUGCGGUCGAGAUGGCCCAGAAGUUGGGACCUGGCAAGAAUAUUGUUACGAUCUUGUGCGAUGGUGCCUACAGGUAUCAGUCGCGACUCUUCAGCAAGAAGUGGAUUGAGUCCAAGGGAUUGACGAACGCCAUUCCUGAGCACUUGAAGAAGUAUGCGACUUUGGACUAGAAUUGGGGAAAUCAGGAAUUUAAUAAAUAAACUGCUUUCUGUAUAUCAUCAGCAUCGACCAUUACCAUCCAGUGUUUGAGUUGGUCUGAUCUGGCU